UUACCAAAAGUCACGUGGUGGAUAUAAAUUCACAUUUGUUACACAUGUUUUGGUUCGUGCUAUCGCCUUUUAAAUUAAGUAAUCAAUCUUGAUUUGAAUUUUUGAUACUUUGUAAGUAGCAUUUUCUAUGCUAAUCCCGGUGCAUCAUGUUCAAUGCUCGUAAAUUGCUCGCCUCCUUCCGAUUCGGAUUACCUGCAUCCCGGACUUUUCUAGCUUCACCUUCAAACAAGCUGAUCACAAGUAAACAUCUAGUAAAUCAACAUCAAUUAUCACCAUCAAACUGUGUUCGAAAUUUGUCAGUAACAUCAUCAAAAUUAGCAACAUUAUCUUCAUCAUCAAAUUCUCUCUCAAAUGCUCGAGAUAAAACGUUUCAAAAUCUUGAAGCCAGCAUUAUUACCGAUCGUAAAGUUUCUCUUAAUAGGUUAUUGAAAUUCAUCGAAGAAUUAAAAGCUUCAUCAUCAAUCACCAGCUCUGAAAGUUUGUUGGCAAUUAGAUGCUGUGGAGCAUAUCUGUUAGAAUGCACAGUCGAAGACCGUAAUCGUUUAACUGAUGAAAUUUGGAAUCUUCUUGAAUCGAAAUCAGCUCCCCUGGAUAUCAGCCAUUAUAAUGCUCUUCUCAAUGUUUAUAUUGACAAUGAAUAUCCAGCCGAUCCUGCUAAGUUCCUUGACUUACUUUCCCAAAGAAAUAUCAAGCCAAAUCGUGUUACUUACCAUCGGCUGCUUCACCUUUACUGCCAAAGAGGUGAUCUUGAAGGUGCUCAAAAGAUUUUGUUAGAAAUGAAAGCAGCUAACAUGCCUGUACACGAAGGUGUAUUCAAUUCACUAAUCUACGGUAACAUUAAAGCGGGUGAUAUAAAAGCUGGUGAAAGCGUUUUGGAUAUAAUGAAAGAAAAUAAUAUCGAACCUAGUGCUGAGACUUAUGUUAUUCUAAUGAAAUCAUAUGCCUUGUUUAUAGAUCAACCUGAAGUUGUAGAGAAAAUGCGAAAUCUUGUCAAGAGUUUGAACAGACAGGAAUUCAAUUUCACUUUCGACCAAUAUGUGACCGUUAUUGACUCAAUUGCUGAUGUUGAUGAUAAAUCUCCUCUUAUUGAUGAGAUUAUAGCUGUAAUGCCAAAGCAAUCAGGAUUCAACACUGCUCUUUCAAAACUGAUCAUCAAAUCUGCUUACAAACAAAAGAUUGAAUUUGGAUUGAAACUAGUCUCUAAAAUGUUAAGAAAUUCUACUAAUGAUACUUACAAUAGUGUUGGAGGUUUUUACAUCUAUCAUCUUGUCAAAAGUGGUACAGCUUUCGAUGAAGUCAUGAAGGCUUGUAGCGCUCUCGAAUCAACUGGAACUAAUGAAUGGACACUGUGGAAAGCAACUGAAGCAGCUCUUUACAAUUUACAGGAUAAAGAUGCAAUUUUGAAAUAUAUGAAAAGUUUUCGAGCCAAAACUGGCCUAUACAGACCUCAUUUCAUUUGGCCAUUGAUCUGUCGAAUGAAAAACAAUGAAGAAAUGCUAAAUUUAUUAAAAGAAGAAGUUGUUCCAUACGCGGAAACUUUUGGAAUCCAAUCUAUGUCGGAAACAUUUAGAUUCUAUGUUUGGCCUCGGAUAAAGAAUAAUCAAGACGAAUUCAUGGCUAAAUGUAUUGAAAUGGGCUUUGAUUCUAGAUUGCUGCUUUCCACAUUAGCAGAUAGUGCCCAAAUUGAAGGUCUUGGUAUAACUUUUACUGACGUUCUCAACAAGAAACCUCUCCCCAGAAAUAUCAGUGAUAACGAUGUUUAUCGAGUAAUUUCAAACAUAGUGAACAAUGUUAGCCAUGGAUUACUUGCCAAAGAAAUGUUGAAAUUUAUAAUUGAGGAAACUCGACUUCCAGUCACAAACAGAAUGCUUCUACCAGUUUACACACAAAUUAUUAAAAAUUGUGAUAAAGACACCGCUCUGAAGGAAUGGCUUGAUUGUGUAAAGAUUUAUAAUCAAGUUCCAUGUAAAGCUAUCAUGUUUCAAAAAUUAAUUGAAGCUGAAGACACUGAUAAUUUACAGAAAGUCACUGAUAUUUGUAUUUCAAGAAUAGGAGAAAGAGAAACUUUGAUUAACCUCGCUCUAGCAUUUUUGCGGUCCAAAAGGGAUAAACAAGCCAUGAAGAUUUUAUCCAAACCAAUUCUUCAACGUUACGAGAUUGGAUUACAGCGUAUAGUUGGAAUUUUGUCAAGACAAAAUGAAACAGAACCAUUGGAAAGAUUCAUUUUAUUAACUAAGGAUAUUGCUGGUAUUGAUAGAGAAAAAUUAUAUUAUACUUUAUUAGAUUCAUUCAUUCAAAAUGACAAACCACAGAAAGCUCUUGAAUUAUGGACAACAAUGCAAGACGAAAAUUUAAUCCCAUCACCUAGAAUAAUUAGUCGACUUUCCCGUUUCUUGAAGGAAAAAGGAGUGGAAGUACCUUUCAAGUAUCAAGAUGAAAUAAAAGAAGGAGAAGAAAUUAUCGCAACCGAAGAUGCAAAAUUUGUUCGUGAUCAAUUUCAUAGUUUCAUUCGUAAUGGCAACCUCGAUAAAGCGCUUGCAAUAAAAAAUCGAUUCAAUUCACCCAAUUCACCAUUAACACUGGGAGAUGAAUGUACACUUAUAGACAGGCUUAUCCGUUCCAAUCGAACCGAUAAAGCAUUACAGUUAACUAAAUCUGUGAUGGCUGGAGGAAGAUUUCCAGCUCCUAGAAUCUACAAAGCACUGCUUGAAAAAAUGGCCCAAGAAGGACUUUUCCGAGAAAUUGGUGAAAUGAUUGAAUCCCUGCCAGCUCCAUUGAAAGAAACAUCAUGGUUCUCCGAUACAGUUAUCUUUGCCUACACUCAUUCGAAAAAUCCUGAUAUCGAUUCAUUGCUCAGAAUCUUACCUUCCCUUAAACCAUUACCUUUUGCAAGUAUUUUGGAACUUCUAAAUGCUUUCCCCAAAUUUGAAAAACCAAUAUUUGAGGCUUUAGAGGAGUUAUCAGCAGCCAGAGGAAUCAAUACACCUAAAAACAUUAUUUGGUUACGAUUGAUGAAAAUGGGUAGAUUUGAAGAAGCAAAACAACUUUUCCAUUCAAUACCCGAUUUUAAGGAAACUGUUGUCUUCAAGACUUUACUUUUUGACAUUAAGCGUAACAAGAAUCUGAUGUUAGGCUAUAAUUUGAUCGACCAAUUAAACAAGACAGAUUUAAAUGCAAAAGCUAAAGGAGCCGUAUACGAUUCAAUGAUUUACGCCUUAUUGGAAAAAAAUAUGGUGAAAGAAGCCCAGGAUUUACUUCUAGAAGGACUGGAAACUAACAAAGACAAAGAAAAUCAAUUAACUUUAUCAGAUCUUAACUUUGAUAUUCUUAUUCGACUUCAUCAUUCAAUGAAAAAUAAUUUAGGAGAAGAACCCAAGUUUGAAUUACCGGAAAAAACGACAACCUUCAGGCCGCAAUUGAGCAAUUCAAAUGGAUCUUCAAUUAAAGAAAAGAGCCAAGCUAUGAGUAAAAUUUGAUUAGCUUUCCAAACAUGUAAUACAUAGUUUUUUCUCUAGUUAAUUAACCAUGCAUCAUCAUUUAUAAUUAAAUAAAAUUUAGUUGAUAUUGUACGAACCUUUUUUCUCGUAAUAACUAAGUUAAAAUUAUAUUAAAGUUGAUUCAAAA